AUGGGUUUGGGUUCUGAAACAGGACGAGAUGGUGCAGUUAAACGUGAUCUGAAACAACGCCAUAUUGCCAUGAUCGCAUUGGGCGGAACAAUCGGAACAGGUUUAUUCAUCGGUUUAGGUCAAUCUUUGCGUGGAUCAGGUCCUUUGAGCACUCUUUUGGGCUAUAGUAUCAUCGGUUUCUUCGUUUGGUCAUUAAUGAUCGCUUUGGGUGAAAUGGCAGCAUUUUUACCCGUUCCAGGUGGUUUCGUGCAUCAUGCUUCUCGUUUCGUUGAACCUGCAAUGGGUUCUGCUUUAGCUUGGAGUUAUUGGUUUUCUUAUGGAAUCACCAUCCCAACUGAAAUUUCUGCUGCUGCUUUGGUGAUUAGCUUUUGGGAUCCAAAUCAAACAAUCAAUCCCGCCGCUUGGGUUUCAAUCUUUUUGGUCAUUUGUGUAGCUGUCAAUUUCGCUCCCGUUCGCGUUUAUGGUGAAUUUGAAUUUUGGCUUGCAAGUCUAAAGGUGAUUGUGAUCAUUAUGUUGAUCAUCGUUAUGCUCAUCAUUGAUGUUGGAGGAACUCCUUCUGGUGAAUAUAUUGGUGGAAAAUACUGGCGUAAUCCUGGACCGAUGGCACAAUUGUUCUGGGAACCAGGUCCAACAGGAGAACCAAUUGGAGGAAUUUCAGGAAGUUGGGGUCGUUUCUUGGCUUUCUGGAACGUCUUGGUCAACGCUUCUUUCGCAUUCGCAGGAACGGAAAUCGUUGGUGUGACCGUCGGAGAAGUUGAAAAUCCACGUAAAAAUGUUCCAAAAGCUAUCAAACGUAUUGCAUUACGAAUCAUCAUCUUUUACGUUUUGGCCGUUUUGAUGGUUGGCUUGGUCGUUCCUUACAAUAAUGAUCAAUUACUCAAUGCAAGUACCAGUAAUGCAAGCGCUUCUCCUUAUGUUAUUGCAAUUCAAAAUGCUGGUAUCAAAGUUUUGCCUGAUUUCAUCAACGCUGUUCUUUUGACAGUCACAUGGAGUGCUGGCCAAUCGGACUUGUACGCAUCUUCAAGAACUCUAUUUGGACUAGCAUUAGAAGGACAAGCACCUCGCAUUCUCAGAAAGUGCACGAAAUCAGGUGUUCCAAUUUAUGCAACUGCUGUUACCGCCCUAUAUGCUCCUUUGGCAUACAUGGUGUGCGGAGCCGUAGGUGCAAACAAGGCAUUCGGAUAUUUGUAUGCAAUUUCUGCAGUCAGUAUCUUGAUCGUUUGGGCUGUUAUCAUGUUGACUUAUAUUCGAUUCCAUUACGGAUUACGUGCUCAAGGUAUCUCUCGGGAUACACUGCCUUACAAAGCACCUCUUCAACCUUAUCUAUCUCACUUUACGUUUAUUAUGUUUUGCAUUAUUACCUUAUUUGCCGCUUUUACCGUUUUCAUCAAAGGUCAAUGGAGCGCAUCAACAUUCGUUACAACGUACAUCAGUAUUCCUUUAUUCUUUAUCGUCUACUUUGGCUAUAAAUUCUGGACAAAGAGUUCAUUCAUCAGUUUCCAGGAUAUGGACUUUGUUACGGGAAGGCGAGCGUUGGAUUUGCUUGAUGAAGAAGCUGAUGCUAAUUCGCCUGGUCCAAAAGGAUUCAUUGGACGAGCAUGGGAUUGGUUGUUGUGA